AACAGCCAGAGAAGUGGAAGUAAUUGUUUAAAGAGAAAGAUUCCGCGAACGACGCAAGAUGGCGAUAGCGUGCAAACGUCGGUUCAGCUGAUGACGAAGUACGACAACAGAAAGUGACAUGAACUCUGCGAGUAAGGUUGGUGAAAUUUUCACCGCAGCCGGGGCAGCAUUCAAUAAGCUCGGUGAAUUGACUAUGCAGUUGCACCCCACGACGGACUCACCAGCUGGUAAAUGGACUGACGAGGAAAUUGAGAUGCUCCGUCACUCGGUAAAGACCUUCAGUGAAGACUUGACCAAAAUAAGUGAACACAUCAAGGGGCGAACGGUAUCUCAGAUUCGGACAACGUUAAAGAAGAAAGCCUUCGAAGAGGCCGGGGUGCCCAUCAGGCAACAGAUACUGUCUCAACAGUCGUCACAACAGUCGCAAGUGUCGAAGCAACAAACCGGGAAUCAAGGGUUAAUGGGAAAGUCAGCGGAAGUAACGCUAAACAUGCUAAAUGCACCAGAAUCGGAGGUGGACGUUGAAGGACUACCGGAAGAGUGUCAAGUGAAGCUCGAGUUCGAGGGCGCGACGGAAGAAGUCGCGUCUUAA